AUGGCCAUACAACAUGGCAUCUAUGUGGAGUACAAGGCUGGAAAUCAGCUAGGAAUGACGCCAGAAAGUAAUGCAAGCUUGCAAGAUAUUGCUGCAAAAUAUCCUGACACUAGAACAGCCGUUGCUCGCGACACCGACAACGCUCUCUGGUUACGAUAUGGCAUAUUGCAGCCAAGAUCACACUUUGAAAUGCAACUUAACUUGGCCAAGAGAGGUAUCAAGGUGAUUGGAUUAGAGCGAAAGGAGAAUGGAACGCCUUCUUCGUCCAGUCAGAGCACUCCCAGAGCAGUUCAUCGAACACCGGUAACUGUAAGACGCACUGCAUUCACUUUGAACGAGAGUACGCCGCCAACCGGAAUCGACAAAAGGGACAAUCCCGUACCAGUUCCUGCGUCUGCCCUUGCUCAAGGGAUCAAUCAGCAUUACAUCAAACCUUUUGUGCUAGUCAACGUGAGUGGCUUUCUAGUUUAGUC